AUGGCGGACACCACAAACUUCAACUUCAACCCGACAACCCGGAGGUGGACGCAGUCCUGGGCUUGCGGACCCAUCAGGCAGCCUGGACUGCCCCGGGGGCGGCCCACGCUGCCGCUGCUGGCGGAGCUGCGGAAAGCGCCGCUGUCCAAGGAGCGUCUGAGGCGAGCUGCCGCCAUCUCAUCGGAGGUCUUUGGCCAAUCCCAACUUGUGGCCUGCGUGGCUGGGAGCAGCUUCCAAGACGAAAGGGAGACCUGGUGCAGAAAGCCCCCACGCUCGCCCAGGUUUUUGCCAGGCCGAGGGUGUGGCCAAAGCCUUGGCCUCCGUAUUGAUGCAGGUCCUUCUUUGAAGACUUUGCUGCGGUGCUCCCUUGAGGAGCACUCGCCUGGCGCUUCGGUGCUGCUGACCACGUUGCUGAGCAGCGCCUCUGUAGUGCUGAGGUCCCGCGGGCGGUGCCAAGGCAGCCUGGACUGCCCCGGGGGCGGCCCACGCUGCCGCGGAGCGGCUGGCGGAGCUGCGGAAAGCGCCGCUGUCCAAGGAGCGUCUGAGGUCCCGCGGGCGGUGCCAAGGUGGUGUAUCGCAGAGAUCGUAGACUCGAAACGCUUUGGGAUCAAGCGGAUCAAGCUUGCAGCAGAACUGUGCCAACUUCAAGCUUUGGAUGUCUAG